AAUGAUAAUACGUUGGACUUAUCUUUUAAUGCUUCCUUGAACACAUUAUAUAAAAUAGUUGGCUAUAUGCCGCUUGAUGGCGGCGAUGAAGUAAAACUUGUAUUUCAUUUCGGCCAGUCUCACACAAUGCUUCAACUCAUGAAAUAUCAUAAUCAGACACUAUUUUUCGAGCAUAGCUUUUUCGCCUCGACAACAGGAUUUCAAACAAUUUCGAUCGAAAAGCGCUAUUCAAAUACAAAUUAUUUUGCUUUGAACAUGACGUUAUGUGUGUGCGUAGAAGAGUUUGAAAGCAAUAAUGGAGCAAUCACACUCAAACCGAUUUCAAGGGAAAUAAUGGAAGUACGAUUGAUUGUAAAAGAUACAGAAAGUCCUAUAAGUAAGGUUCAAAUAGGAGCAGGAACUACACCUAGAGGAUUUCAAGUUAAAUCUCUUUCACGAGUUCAUCAUCUAAAUCAUAACCAUCUAAUUCAAACCAACGUUCAACAUGGAACCAACGUUUAUGUCACAGCAAUUGUUGAGAAUAAGGCAGGGUUGAGGACAGUGGUCCAGUCAAAGCCUAUUACCAUUGAUCACACCAAACCUGUUGUAAAACAUUUGAACGCGAAUCUUCGAUAUGUGCAAGAAAAUGAAUCUGGUGUCGUUGACAUCAGAGCAGCUGUACAUGCGUCAUGGGAAAUUGUUGAUGACGAAAGUGGAAUAAGCAUCUGCUAUUGCUCAAUAGGUCAAAGGCCAGGUUUACACGAUAUUAGUUCAAUAUGGAUUGCAGAAAACAAAACAUCGUGCGAAUCUAAUAGACAGAUCUUCACACAUGGCCAAACUGUAUUCCUUAACCUGAAGUGUUUCAAUGAAAUUGGGCUUUCAACCGAAGAUGUGGCAGGGCCACUAGUUGUUUCACUUCAACAAUCCAAAACAUCUAGCGCAGAAUUGGUGUUUAUACCACAAAAUGAGGGGAGUAAUGGAAAUAUUAUCCGCCAAAGGUCAAUUUGGCAGGUACAAUCCAACAACACAUGUCUUGUGUUUAAAUGGGGUGGUUUCUCAGAUUUGUCUGGUAUUGUGUAUUACGAAUACCGUGUAUACCAAAAUGAACACAAUGUUCUUAAAGAAUGGGAAAAGACUGAAAAGGACAUGGCAAAGGUGGAAAAUAUUGGUUUACGAAAUGGAGAAGUCAUUGCAGAGGUCAGAGCUAUUAACAUAGGUUCCUUUAUUAGUCACUCCGUAAAUGCAUCACUUCUUGUUGCAAGGUAUCCUCCAACAGUUACAGGUUUUUCAGCGAAUUUUACAAGGCAAGGUGAAAAGCUGCAUUUAAGUUGGGCUGACGUUUUUGAUACAGUACCUGGUAUUCCAUUUUCAUUCAGUCUUACAAUAGGUACAAGAAAAGGUUAUACAGAUAUUCUCGACAUAAAUUAUAUCGGCGAUGAUAACAUUGAUGUCUCCAUCCCUAAAUCUACGAUCAUAACACCUACAGUGAAGGAAGUCUUUCUAUCGAUCGACUGCAUCUACGAGACUGGAUUGCAAGCUACCUAUAAUACAAGUUACAAGCUAGAUUAGCAUUUUAGAAUAUUAACAAAAACAAAAACAACACAAAAACAAUAUAUAUAAAUAUUAUCUUAUUGAAUUUUUUCUCUCUUUUAGCUUUUGCUUAUUCAUUCUUACCAUUUAUUUUUAACUUCAUGAUUUAAUUUGUGUGAUUUGAUAUUAUAACAGUAUGCCAUUUCUUAUAUGAUAUCUCUGUAUUUAUCUCUUGUUUCAACUUGUACUUAUUGGAUCUUUUUUUCUUUUUUGUGUAUAGAUGGAUCAUAUAACCUGUCCAAUUAUAUAAAAGAACGGACAGAUUGAGGCAAUGUGCACCGAUAUUAGGUUAUUUUUCACACAUUAUGGACCGUUUGAGUAUUUUCACUAAUUGAAAACAUAGAUUUUAUUAGCUUUAUAAUUCACAGCUAAAUUUCUUGUUGUAUAUAUUAUGCAAAUCAAUGAAAAAAACAUGCCUUCAUUGUAAACGUUUUGGACGAGAAAAAGGAGAGUUUAUUUAAUCAUGUUAUUUGAUACUUUCGUUCAUAUCAUGCAUACAUUGUCAGACAAAUUAUAUAUUACUUUUUGCUUAAAUGAUUACAAAAUUUAUCGGAAAUUUAUAUCAGCAGUGUGAUUGUUUUUAUCAUUUUUAUUAUUAAUUAAUAUAAUUUAACCAGCACAUUACUUCUUUAUUUCAUUAAACUUAAUAAUAUGCAAAACAACUUUUUUAAUAGAAUAAAAUAGAUACAAGUCUCUCGCGACAGUUAAUCAAAAGGGAAGAUGAUCCAAUUGAUUGGACAGCAAAACCGUCAAACCUGUUGCAGUGGCCAUUUGCUCUUUUGUUUAUUCAUUUUUUUAUUUGUUAGUUAUAUUGUAUCAAAAGCCUUAGUGUUGAUUGUUGUACCUUUGAAAGAUAUUUUUCAGAAUAUAUUCUUAAGCACAAGAAACUUUUAUGUGAAUGUUUGAUAAAGUAUGGUUGAUAAUGUCAAAGUAAAGAUCAUACUUUUCGGUUUGUUGAUAUUUAGACUUAAGUUUUUAUUAUUCAAGAUAUCGAGUUAUUCACUUUUUUAUAAUUGAAUAG